GGUACGCCCAACGAAACGGAUGUUUGUUCAUGCACGCAUUAGUGCUAGUUACAUACAUACAUAGUUAGUAUUAAAGAUUACAUAAACAAUGUGAACGAUUAAAACGGGAAGGAAUAUGAAGAUGUACUGAUUCAACAGAAACAGUUGUUUGUAAAGGAUAGAAAAGCCAUGAUGUGGCGUGUGAUAGGCUCAUCUAACAGUCAGCUUCCGAUUAAAGGAGCAUAUUUCUUCGUAGCAGAACGAAAAACAAUUAAUCAAAAUCCUACGAUUGCUCUAUGGCAUUUAGUGAAUAUUAAUAAAGGGUGCUGUUUAAGAAUGAGUGACAGUGUUUAGUAGAAUAUAGUUGAAAUGAUCUCUGAUGGAAUCGAACGUUUGCGUAAUGAUGAUGAUAAAUUGAACUAUGAAAUAAAUAAAUAUAAAUAAAAAUUGCGCUAAAAUUGGUGUAAAUAAUAUUAUUGUAUUCUAACCAUAUUUUGUUUAAUUAUAAAUGAGAUGACUUUCCAAAUACAGUCAAAAAAAAUCUUAUUAAUUGCUAUAAUUUUUCUAUUUACAUUAAUAAUGCAAAUAACUGCAGAAGGUAUUGCAUGCUUCAAAUGUUAUGCAUCACAAUCAGGACAUGAAAAAACUGAUUUAUUAUGUUCUCAUUUUGAUGGAAGUCCUAGGUUUCAAGUGCAUUGUCCUUCAUCCACACUUUGUGGAAAAAGAACGAUUUAUUCUAAAUUCAAAACACCUAUGAUCACAACUGUAGAAAGGGACUGUGCACCUCAAAAACGUACAGUAUUAACCUAUAGCGAUAAUAAGUGGCAAAACAGAGAGGAAAUUGUAACAUCAGCUUACAAAGAAGGUUGCUUUAUUGGUGAAGAUAGGGGAGCACCAGCAGGUCCAUCAGAAUAUUGCUUUUGUGGUCACCAUUUAUGCAAUUCAUCAGAACCAACCAAAACCACCAAUAUAUCUUAUAUUUUUAUACUAAUAACAGUAUUACUGUUUGCAACACUAUUAUGAUAUUCUUUCUCUAAGUACUUAUUAUGGUAAGAAAAUUUUUUAAUAUAUAUAUAUAUAUAUAUAUAUAUAUAUAUAUAUAUAUAUAUAUAUAUAUAUAAUCACUAUUUAAAAAUGGUAUAAAAAAUGUUAUAAAAAUCAAUCUUUGCUUUACUUUUUGAUAUUAAUCCUUAUAAAUUAUGAGAUUGUAAAUCAAUAAACACAUCUAAAUAAAAAAACGAAAUAAUUUUUCUGUAUCAUCUAUAACUAUUGAACUAUAUUUAGUAAUUUACUGUAAUAAUUUUCUGUAAUAAUUAUAUAUUCCAAUUAUAAUUAUAUAUAAUAAUUAUAUAUACCAAAUAAUAAUUCCAAAAAUUAAUUCCAAUAAAGUUUGUUACUAUUAA